AUGGAUAAUAACUCAAAUUAUUAGCAAGAAUAUAGCGAACAUGUUUAUACUUUGAAAAAUAGAACUGCUCCUUAAAAAGAAUAGCAUUGGAAGAUAAAUGAUAGAAAAGCCUAAAAGAAUGGACCUCAUAGUGCUAUCUACUGGGUUAAGAAAAAACAAAGAAAUGAAGAUGGAUCUAUGAAAGUUGAAAAAUGGAUAGCAAAUACAAAAUAUAUUGGGGAUUGGAAAGAUAAUAAAAAAGAUGGUUUUGGUAUUUAAUUUUAUGGAAAUGGCGAUAAAUAUGAAGGAGGAUGGUAAAAUAAUACGAGAAAUGGUUAAGGAACUUUUUGGGUUUGUGAAGGCAAAAAUAAAUUGAGGAGAGAAUAUACUGGAGAUUGGGUGGAUGAUAAAAAAACUGGUAAAGGAACUAUGUUUUAUAAUAAUGGAGAUAGAUAUGAUGGCCUUUGGUUAGACGAUAAGCCACACGAUGAAGGGAGAAUGAUUUAUGCUAAUGGAGAUGUUUAUGAAGGAUAGUGGUUUGUUGGAAAAAGGAGUGGAUAUGGUGUUAUGACAAAAAGAAACGGUGAUCACUUCGAAGGUCAUUGGGUUAAUGAUAAAAGAGAAGGAUAAGGAUCAUACUUCUUUGCCCUAAAAAAUUAAGUAUUUGUUGGUGAAUGGGUAGAUGAUAUGCCCAAAACAGGUGUAUAUUCUGAGGUAGAAGAUCCAUACACUGUCAAACCAGAUAGGGAAAAACACUUUACUGACCCAUAUAUUUUACCUAAUAUACCUAAAAUCUAAUUAAAGAAUCCAACUAAAGUUCUUUAAGAAGCUAUGGAAAAUGUAAGGAAAUAAAGAACUAUUUAUAGAGCUAGGUUUAUUCCUAUCGAUGAGUUAUAUACUGAAGAAGAACGUUUAGAGCUUUACAAAGAAUUUGCAGCUGCAUGUGAUGAUAAUAGAAAAGUUUCAGUACUUGGGUUAAAUGCUAUUUUAGCUAACAUGGACUUUGAAUUAACAGACGAAGAUAUCAAAGAUUAUUUAGAAAAGUUAAAACCUGAAAACCCUCAAGCAGAUAUAGAUUAUGAUACAUUUGCAAGAUUAAUAGCUAUUAUUCUUGAAGAUAAGUCAUUUGAAUAAGGAUAAGAAGAAAACGAUUAAGUUUAUGAAGAUGAAAAUGAAGAAGAUAUGUAAUAAUAUUAAAACGAUGUUGGAUAACAAUACGAUAACGAAGACAAUGAAGAAAAUUCUGAUAUAUUUUGA